UCGGAGUUCUAGAUCCAGUUCAUCGGAGUUCUAGAUCCAGUUCGUGGGAGUUCUAGAUCCAGUGGCAAGGGUGACUCGUCCGUGCUCCCCUUUCCAACCACAUGCCGCAUCCUAGCAGGCCCCCUCGCCAAGAAUGGUAGCUCUUGGCCCUGAUCUACCGCUUCUGCCGCUUCUCGAUCUGCCGCUUCUGCCGCUUCUCAAUCUGAGACGGGCGACCGUCAGGGCCUUGGCCCUGAUCUCAUGCUCCAGCCACCUGACGCGCUUGGCCUCCCGCUCCAUACAGCCCUGGCGCGCUUCGCCUAUCAUGCUACGGGAAGAGAUGAACUGAACACCGUUUCUUUUGCGUUGGUUGCCUGAAAAGAAAAAGAGGAUUUGUUGAGAAACAAGAAUAUGCGGCAUCACAUUUGACUGUCCAGACAAAAUGUGACAGGUAGUUUUCUUUGAGCUUUGUAUGAGCACGGUUGCGAUUUUGACACCAUAGAACCUUCAGUAUCUACAUAUUUGUAAGUUGAAGCAUGACAAUGUGAUGGAUCACUGAGAGAAUAGCUGGCAACUCUAAAAAAAUGAUGAACAUACGCGGCGUGAUGAAGGAAACAGAUUCCUUAUGCUGCUGCCAGAUCUCAAACCUUGAGAGACAGCACUGAGGAGAUGAAAUGGCAGGAUUCUCUUUGUCUAUCAUUCAAAAGAUGCUGCCUCAUACCCUCUGUGUAUAAAUAGGGUCUCGAUCGGCAGAGACUUGAAUCAUCAGGCAAAAAAGUCCGCUUCUCAUAUUACUUCUACCUCAUUUCAAACACACAAGAACUUCCAGCCAGAGACUACAGGUCGAUAUGGCUUGCCAAGUCCAUAAGCUUGCCGUCCAGGCCUCAGUCCAGCGAAGCCGCAGUGCAGCAGGAGAUGUGUAUUCUAGAGGCGAUCAUCUCCUCACCAUCAACAUGUAUCGUCACGAUGUGUGACGGUUUGAGGAGGCUUGGAGACAUCUACAGCAGUGUUGUGGAGAUGACUCACUUGCCGAGCAACCAAGUUUGCUCUUCCCAGCAAAGGAAGAUGCUGGACGGAGAAACUGAGUCUUCUCUCGAGCUGCUGGAUCUCUGCAACACCAUGCAGGAGAUCUUCGUUGAGUUGAAGGCCAUUAUCCAAGAGCUGCAAGUGGCUCUAAGAAAAGGGGAUGGUGCAACCGUCCAAGCCAAGAUCCAGUCUUACAGCCGCUUGGUGAAGAAGGCUAAGCAGUCUUUCAAGAAGUCAAGCAAGAAGGCCGUUUCUGACAAGACAGACUGUGCAAUGGUCAGGCUACUGACCAAGGCCAGGGAGAUCGCCAUCUCUCUACUUGAGUCCACGGUGCAGCUCUUGUCAAAGCAAAUUGAAGUGCCGAAGCAGUCACUUGUCUCAAAGGCGUUUUCCAAGAGAAAAGCAGUUGUCUGCGAGGAGGACCAGUUACAGGCGUUAGAGUGCAGCAUUGGAGAUCUUGAGAGCGGAGCGGGACACCUGUUCAGGAUAUUAGUCUAGAGCAGGGUCUCUCUCCUAAACAUUCUUAGCUCAUAGAUACUCCUUGUUGCUUUUGACAUCCUGUGAUUGGCAUCAUCCGCAUUUUUGAGGAUUAGCUAAUCUUGAUGCUGCUUUACAAUAUGUAUAUAGAGUACAAAUGUAUAUGAAAAAAUCGGAAAUGAAAAAAAGGACAGUUUUGAUCCAAUUCCUUUUUUGUUGA